GGUCUGGGGCGCCGGCCGGGCUUGCGCAGCGCUCCGGUCAGCGUCGCUCCAGGGCGGCGGGCAGCGGGGAGGGCGCGGCUGCGGGCGGGGCUCAGGGGCGCAGGCGGGGCGGGACGCGCCGGGCGGAGAGGGCGGCGGCGCCGAGGGGAGGAGACCGGUCCAUGGACCCGCGGGGCCCGGCGCCCCAGACGCUUCGCCGCCGGGACCGAGCCCAAGAUGUCGGCCUAGGCCGGGGCACAACGACGCGGACGGGGCGGCGACGAGGUGCUGCCAGGGCUCACGGCCGCCGGGUCCCCGAGGGCUCGCCCUGACGGACUGGCCGAGAGGAGCGGACGGCGAGAGGCCGGCGCGUGGGGAGCGGGCCGCGCGGCACCAUGUCGGCCAAGGUGCGGCUCAAGAAGCUGGAGCAGCUGCUCCUGGACGGGCCCUGGCGCAACGAGAGCGCCCUGAGCGUGGAGACGCUGCUCGACGUGCUCAUCUGCCUGUACACCGAGUGCAGCCACUCGGCCCUGCGCCGCGACAAGUAUGUGGCCGAGUUCCUCGAGUGGGCUAAACCGUUCACACAGCUGGUGAAGGACAUGCAGCUGCAUCGAGACGACUUCGAGAUAAUUAAAGUGAUUGGAAGGGGAGCGUUUGGUGAGGUUGCUGUUGUCAAAAUGAAGAACACUGAACGAAUUUAUGCCAUGAAAAUCCUCAACAAGUGGGAAAUGCUUAAAAGAGCAGAGACCGCUUGUUUCCGGGAAGAACGCGACGUGCUGGUGAAUGGGGACUGCCAGUGGAUCACCACCUUGCACUACGCCUUCCAAGAUGAGAAUUACCUGUACCUAGUCAUGGAUUACUAUGUGGGUGGUGAUUUACUGACCCUGCUCAGUAAAUUUGAAGACAAGCUUCCAGAAGACAUGGCAAGAUUCUACAUCGGUGAGAUGGUGUUGGCCAUCGAUUCUAUCCAUCAGCUUCAUUAUGUGCACAGAGACAUUAAACCUGACAAUGUCCUUUUGGAUGUGAAUGGUCACAUUCGCCUGGCUGACUUUGGAUCAUGUUUGAAGAUGAACGAUGAUGGAACUGUCCAGUCGUCUGUGGCUGUGGGCACACCUGACUACAUCUCACCGGAGAUCCUGCAGGCCAUGGAGGACGGCAUGGGAAAGUACGGCCCUGAGUGCGACUGGUGGUCGCUGGGCGUCUGCAUGUACGAGAUGCUUUAUGGAGAAACGCCGUUCUAUGCGGAGUCCCUGGUGGAGACCUACGGAAAGAUCAUGAACCACGAAGAGCGAUUUCAGUUCCCACCCCAUGUCACAGACGUGUCUGAAGAGGCGAAGGACCUCAUGCAGAGGCUCAUCUGCAGCAGGGAGCGCCGACUUGGCCAGAACGGGGUAGAGGACUUCAAACAGCACCCAUUUUUUCAAGGACUAAAUUGGGAAAAUAUACGAAACAUGGAAGCACCUUAUAUUCCUGAUGUGAGCAGUCCUUCUGACACCUCCAACUUUGACGUGGAUGAUGACGUGCUGAGGAACAUCGAAAUGCUACCUCCAGGUUCUCACACAGGCUUCUCCGGGCUACAUUUGCCGUUCAUCGGGUUCACGUUCACCACAGAAAGCUCUUUUUCUGACCGAGGCUCUCUGAAGAGCAUCAUGCAGUCCAACACAUUAACCAAAGACGAGGGCGUGCAGCGGGACUUAGAGAAUAGCCUGCAGGUCGAAGCCUAUGAGAGGAGGAUACGGAGGCUGGAGCAGGAGAAGCUGGAGCUCAGCAGGAAGCUGCAAGAGUCCACCCAGACCGUCCAGUCCCUCCACGGCUCAGCUCGGGCCCUGGGCAGUUCAGCCCGAGAUAAAGAAAUAAAAAAGCUGAAUGAGGAAAUUGAGCGCUUGAAGAAUAAAAUAGCAGAUUCAAACAGGCUGGAGCGACAACUGGAGGACGCAGUGACGCUUCGCUCAGAGCACGAGGGUUCUGCGCUUCGGCUGAAAGGCCUGGAAAAGCAGUACCGUGUGGUGCGGCAGGAAAAGGAGGACUUCCACAAGCAAUUGGUUGAAGCUUCAGAGCGCUUGAAGUCCCAGGCCAGAGAGCUCAAAGAUGCCCACCAGCAGCGGAAGCUGGCUCUGCAGGAGUUCUCGGAGCUCAAUGAGCGCAUGGCAGAGCUCCGCUCUCAGAAGCAGAAGGUGUCCCGGCAGCUCCGUGACAAAGAAGAGGAGGUGGAGGUCGCCAUGCAGAAAAUUGACUCCAUGCGGCAAGAGAUCCGCAAGUCUGAGAAGCUCAGGAAAGAGCUGGAAGCGCGGCUCGAGGACGCGGCGGCCGAGGCCUCCAAGGAGCGCAAGCUUCGCGAGCACAGCGAGAACUUCUCCAAGCAAAUAGAAAGUGAGCUUGAGGCCCUCAAGGUGAAGCAAGGAGGCCGGGGACCAGGUGCCUCCUUGGAACAUCAGCAGGAGAUUUCCAAAAUAAAAUCUGAGCUUGAGAAGAAAGUCUUGUUUUAUGAAGAGGAAUUGGUCAGACGUGAGGCCUCCCACGUGCUGGAAGUAAAAACUGUGAAAAAGGAGGUUCAUGACUCCGAAAGCCACCAGCUGGCCCUGCAGAAAGAAAUCUUAAUGUUAAAGGAUAAAUUGGAAAAGUCAAAGCGAGAACGGCACAGCGAGGUGGAGGAGGCAGUGGGCACGGUCAAAGACAAAUACGAGCGAGAACGAGCAAUGCUGUUUGAGGACAACAAGAAAUUAACUGCUGAGAAGGAGAGGCUUUGCUCCUUUGUGGAUAAACUCACAGCUCAAAACAGACAACUGGAGGAUGAGCUGCAAGACCUGGCAGCCAAGAAGGAGUCGGUGGCCCACUGGGAAGCUCAGAUUGCAGAGAUCAUCCAGUGGGUCAGCGAUGAGAAAGAUGCGCGGGGUUAUCUUCAAGCUCUUGCUUCUAAGAUGACCGAAGAGCUGGAGACCUUGAGGAGCUCCAGUCUGGGAUCAAGAACACUGGAUCCCCUUUGGAAAGUCCGCCGCAGUCAGAAGCUGGACAUGUCUGCUCGGCUAGAACUGCAGUCUGCUCUUGAGGCCGAGAUCCGGGCCAAACAGCUUGUUCAAGAGGAGCUGAGGAAAGUCAAAGACACGAACCUCUCCUUUGAAAGUAAACUAAAGGAUUCUGAAGCCAAAAAUAGAGAAUUGUUAGAAGAAAUGGAAAUUUUGAAGAAGAAGAUGGAAGAAAAAUUUAGAGCAGAUACCGGACUCAAACUUCCAGAUUUUCAGGAUUCUAUUUUUGAAUAUUUCAACACUGCACCUCUUGCACAUGAUCUGACGUUCAGAACCAGCUCAGCUAGUGAGCAAGAAACACAAGCUGCAAAGCUAGAAGUGUCUCCAUCACCGUCCGUGGCUACAAGCACAGAACAGCAGGAAGACAUGGCCCGUGCCCCUCAGAGGCCACCCGCCGGGCCGCAGCCCACCUCGCAGGCCCUCACUCUGGCUGGACCAAAGCCCAAAGCCCACCAGUUCAGCAUCAAGUCCUUCUCCAGCCCCACUCAGUGCAGCCACUGUACCUCCCUGAUGGUGGGGCUCAUCCGCCAGGGCUAUGCCUGUGAGGUGUGCUCCUUUGUGUGCCACGUGUCCUGCAGAGACAGCGCUCCCCAGGUGUGCCCCAUUCCUCCCGAGCAGUUCAAGCGGCCCCUGGGUGUGGAUGUGCAGAGGGGCAUAGGGACCGCCUACAAGGGCUACGUGAAGGUCCCAAAGCCUACCGGGGUGAAGAAAGGGUGGCAGCGGGCGUACGCUGUGGUCUGUGACUGUAAGCUCUUCCUGUACGACCUGCCGGAAGGAAAGUCCACCCAGCCCGGCGUCGUCGCCAGCCAGGUCCUGGAUCUCAGAGAUGAAGAGUUCUCAGUGAGCUCGGUUCUGGCUUCCGACGUCAUCCAUGCUUCACGCCGGGACGUUCCGUGCAUAUUCAGGGUGACAGCCUCUCUCUUAGGUACACCUUCUAAGACCAGCUCACUACUCAUUCUGACAGAAAACGAGAAUGAAAAGAGGAAGUGGGUUGGGAUUCUGGAAGGACUGCAGUCCAUCCUCCAUAAGAACCGCCUGCGGAACCAGGUGGUGCACAUCCCGCAGGAAGCCUACGACAGCACGCUGCCUCUCAUUAAGGCCGUCCUGACGGCCGCCAUCCUGGACGGAGAUAGGAUUGCAGUCGGCUUAGAAGAAGGACUCUAUGUCAUCGAGGUGACCCGAGAUGUGAUCGUCCGUGUUGCGGACUACAAGAAAGUGUACCAGAUUGAGCUCGCCCCCAAAGAGAAAGUCGCGGUGCUCCUCUGCGGCCGGAACCACCAUGUCCAUCUCUGCCCCUGGGCUGCCUUCGAUGGCGCCGAGAGCAACGUUGACAUCAAGCUUCCGGAAACAAAGGGUUGCCAGCUCAUUGCGAUGGCAGCGCUGAAGAGGAGCCCCGCCACCUGCCUGUUUGUGGCGGUGAAGCGGCUGGUCCUGUGCUACGAGGUCCAGAGAACUAAGCCCUUCCACAGGAAGGUCACUGAACUCGUGGCCCCUGGCAAUGUGCAGUGCAUGGCCGUGCUCAAGGACAAGCUCUGUGUUGGCUACCCCUCGGGGUUCUCUCUGUUGAGCAUCCAGGGAGAUGGGCAGGCUCUAACCCUGGUAAAUCCCAGUGACCCCUCGCUCGCGUUCCUCUCACAACAGUCUUUCGAUGCCCUCUGUGCGGUGGAGCUUGGAAGUGAGGAGUACCUGCUCUGCUUCAGCCACAUGGGACUGUACGUGGACCCGCAAGGCCGGAGGGCGCGUGCGCAGGAGCUCAUGUGGCCUGCGGUGCCUGUCGCCUGUAGUUGCAGCCCCUCGCAUGUCACCGUGUACAGUGAGUACGGCGUGGACGUCUUCGAUGUGCGCACCAUGGAGUGGGUUCAGACCAUCGGCCUGCGGAGGAUAAGACCACUGAACUCGGAAGGCACUCUCCACCUCCUCAGCUGUGAGCCUCCCCGCUUGAUCUACUUCAAGAGCAAGUUCUCAGGAGCAGUUCUCAACGUGCCCGACACCUCUGACAACAGCAAGAAGCAGAUGCUUCGGACCAGAAGCAAGAGACGGUUUGUGUUCAAGGUACCGGAGGAAGAGCGGCUGCAGCAGCGGCGGGAGAUGCUUAGAGACCCGGAGUUGAGAUCCAAAAUGAUAUCCAACCCAACCAACUUCAAUCACGUGGCCCACAUGGGCCCUGGCGAUGGGAUGCAGGUUCUCAUGGACCUGCCUCUGAGCGCUGCUCCCCCACCCCAGGAGGACAGGCCCAGCCCCGUCCCCAGCAGCCUGGCACGGCAGCCUCCACUCAAGAACAAGCCCUAUGUCUCGUGGCCGUCGUCAGGUGGGCCCGAGCCCGGCGUGGCAGUGCCUCUAAGGAGCAUGUCCGACCCUGACCAGGACUUGGACAGAGAGCCUGAUUCGGAUUCCACCAAACACUCGACUCCAUCCAACAGCUCCAACCCCAGCGGCCCACCGAGCCCCAACUCCCCCCACAGGAGCCAGCUCCCCCUCGAAGGCCUGGAGCAGCCGGCCUAUGACGCCUGAACCACCGGCCUGCCACCUCGCCGCCACGGGGCCCGGGAGCCGCGGCGGCUCCACCAGUGCCAAGGCUGCUGA